UUCCAUAUCGACGGUGAGGAUUACGAAACGACCGCGCCCGCCCGGCUCUCUCAAAAAUAAAAUCCGAAACGCAAUUCAAAACCGCGGGUUACGAUCCGAAUCAUGGUUUCCCGCCUCCGUCACUCCUUUUCCUUUUUACUCUCUUUGUUUCUUAUUUUUGUCAGAUAGGAUCUCACCCUGCAACGACACAGGUGAUUCUGAACUUCUCGGUGUUAUUACGGCAUGGUUGCUGAUCUAUGGUUUAUUUAUUAAGUUAUCUAGAUCUAUAUUGAACGUCUAUUAACUCGAUGUUCAUGGCGCCUCAGUGUGCUUGCUAUGGCGUAUUUCUUUCUUGGAUCAGAGGAUUCGUAGUUCAUUGAUUUUAUCCGGUUUGGUGACGUGGGCUUUAUUGUGUUGCUUAUUGCGACGACGCUGUUGUACUGUUUCCCCUCGGGUGAACUCGCAAUGAGUGAAGAUAGUUUCACCGACGGGUCGUGCAAAAGCCGGCCCAUGUUGGGUGACUUGACGAAUAGGAUGAGGAAAAGGGGGUUUUCGUUGAUUUCGGAUGAUCUGGGGCUUAAAUGUGGAGAUGCGUUUGGUAAUGACCCGAAUGGCAGUGAACGUGGAGACUCACAGUUUGCUAAGCAAGUAUGUUCAGGAGUUGAGAAUUUGGUGAGAGACAAAUGCAGAGCUACUAGUGGACAAAACAGCCAGGAGAAUGCUUUUGUCUUGUUGAGUGAAAUGAAGAGUCCUGGUUCUUCGCCCACUUACAGUGUGAAUAGUAGUUCUAUUGAUGCAAACACUCCUCAUGAAACUCAGAAGUCAGAUUCGUUGGCUGCUGGUGUUGCGGUUGUCAAGGAUGAUGCACUGGCAGAGGCUGUCGUAGAAGUUGCUGAUGUAUCAAGGUCCAGCUGUGUAUCUACUGUGUCAGUGCCAAUGUGCUCUGUACCUUGUGAGAAAAGCUGCGUUGAGAAGGGGAAGGCCACUUCUAACGUUUUGCAAAACAUUAGCACUGAUGAAGGAGUGAUCAGUUGUACUUUCAGGAGUAAUGACAAGGAUCUUGACGUUGGUAGAUUAGCCUCUAGCAAAUGGGGGUCUAUUGAGUGGUCAAGGUUGUGUAAGCCACAAGUUUCUAUACCAUUUGAACUAGGUAAAUGUUCAAAGCUCAAGAAUGAUGGUUGUGCAGAUUCUGGUCCGGAAGCUGACUUGCUAAAGUCUUGUUCUUGUUCCUUUUGCUUGAAAGCGGCUUACAUUUGGUCAGACCUCCAUUAUCAAGAUAUCAAGGGUCGACUGGCUGUGUUAAAAAAGAGUCAGAAAGAAGCUAGCGUCUUGAUUCAAAAGUGUGGCAGAGGCAAGCAGAAUGAUCCUAACUGUCAAGGAAACUUGAACCAGUCUACAAAAUUAGAAUCUGAUUUAACUGGACAGUGGAGGUCACUCUUUCUUAAUACGGAGGAUAUAUUUGUUCGUGAAAAUAGCCAGCUACAAGCUAGUCUUGUCACGUUGAAAGAUCUGAGAGAUAAGAGCAAGAGGGACCUAGAAAGAGCGACAGGAGGGCCUUCAGACAAAUAUUGAAGUUCUUCUGAUUCUUCUGGUAAUUGUGGAUUAUCUUGUCACUCUAGAUUUGGUAUUCGUAGCAUGUCCACAUGCAUGUGUAGAUCCAUGAGCCUUGCUUGUUGCCCAAGAGAUAACAUUCAAGUUCUUACUACUAUAGAAGCUGUAAAAACACUUUGUAACAACUGUUCGUUGCUAUUAAGUACACAUUAAU